AUGCGUGGCUCCAUCGCUGCUCCCGUCGUUCUUGCCGCUCUUGCCGUCGCUCCCGCUCUUGCCCAUCCCACCGCCAGGACUGUAUCUGAACCUGUGGCUCGCAGCGAUGGUGAUUUGUCGUCAUACAUGCGUCGCGAGGACGCCCUAUUCGCUCGGGCAUUAGAGGAGGAGCUCCAAGCGCGGAGUCUUCUCCGUGAUAGUCAAAAGUUCAUUGUAGGCUUGCUCAAGCGUGAGGAGGAUGAUCGGCUCCUGGCGCGCGACUUCGACGAAGACAUGGCGGGAGCCUAUCUGGGUUACGAGGCUGCUCACCAUUAUUUGGACCGCAGGGAGAUAGAAGAGGAGCUCCAGGCGCGGAGUCUUUUGGGCGAUAGUCAAAAGCUCACUGUAGGCUUGCUCAAGCGUGACGAGGAUGAAUGGCUCCUUGCGCGCGACUUCGACGAGGACAUGGCGGGAGCGUAUUUGGGCUACGAGGUUGCUCACCAUUACUUGAACCGCAGGGCGAUGGAGGAGCUUAUCGCAAGAGGAAGCCCCGCGGGCAAGUCCUCGAGCAAGUCCACGAGCAAGUCCACGAGCAAGGCCGACAUAGCCAAGGCCGUGGGCAAGGCCGCGGGCAAGGUUGCAGGGCAUGUCAUCCAACAUGUUAUUGUCCCAGCUAUUAAAAAGCAUGGGCCAGAAAUCGCCGCGGCUAUUGCAAAGCAUGGGCCAACAGUCGUCUCAACUGCUGUGAAAGUUGCUCUCCCCCUCAUCCUUCGUGAAGAUCUCCCCAUCCUUGCUCGUGAAGAUCUCCUCUCCAUCCUUGCUCGUGAAGAUCUCGUCCUGGACGAGCUUGACUAG